CUUAGGGUUUUCAGGAAACAUGGAAGCGGUGGCGAUAGUUGGAGCCUAAGUACUCUGAUGGUCUCUCGGUGCCCUGUGAGAGGAAAGGGGAGGAUGCCACUGGAAUCAUCUUCGAUGCAGCUAUCCUUCCCUUCUCUCUUACCCUUGGUGCCAGGCAAUUCUAUUAACUCUUCCCUUCCCCCAAUGUCUUACAUCACUUCCCAGGAAAUGAAGUGUAUUCUUCACUGGUUUGCCAGUUGGCCAGGUCCCCAGCGUGAACGUUUCCUACAAGACCUGGUAACUAAAGCAGUGCCAGGAAAAUUACAGCCAUUGCUAGAAGGUCUGGAGCAGCUUAGUGUGUCUGGAGCCAACCGACCACCUUGUAUCUUUGAGUGCCAACUACGUCUUUGGGAUCAGUGGUUUCGAGGUUGGGCUGAGGAGGAGUGCAAUGAAUUUGUCAGGCAGCUGGAGGUCAGUGAGCCAGACUUCGUGGCAAAGUUUUACCAAGCAGUGGCUGCUACAGCUGGUAAAGACUGAU